AUGGAAAACCUUCCCAUCUUCGACUUGCCCAGAGGAAGAGUCUUCAUCUCCACAAGGUUUCCACACGAAUUCUUCCAUCAUUGCUAUGGCACAAUAGAAGGUUGGAUGAUCAUGGUUGAAUCUAUCAACAAUUCUUUUGAUAAUGCUCAAGAAACUGAUGCACGAAUCUUCUUCUUCAACCCCAUAACAAAUGCUAAGGUCUAUAUGUCAUCAAGGUUGAAAGUAAAAAGUAAAAUUGAGAGUAUUGUGGCAUCAACAGAACCCAAUGACCCAAACUGUGUUGUGGUGUGUCUCUUUUAUCGUCACUUUGUGUUUGCAUUUAGUUGGAUUACUAAUGAGUCAUGGACUAUCAUUGAAGAUGUGUCUACAGCAUUGGCAUUCUUGCAUGUAGAGAUUAUUGACGGAAAAUUGUAUGCUUUGACCCACUCAGUAUUAAAUUCUAUAGUUUUUUAUGAUUUGCAAAAAGAACCCGUAAAACCUAGAAUAUUAGCAAGGCUUCUUGAAAUAGGAUUUGCUAUAAUAAGACAGAAAAUGAGUCCUCUUGACUUCCUUUAUGAUGGUGAUGGUUGCAUUAUUAAUUCUUGGGAAGCUCAUGGUGACAUUCUUAGUACUUUGGCGGUUGAUUCUUCAUCAGGAGAGUUAUUCCUUAUUUAUUUGGUUUGCAACUCAAUCUUUAGGUUGAAGGGAAUGCUUAAUGAUACAGCAAGAAAGGAGUAUACCAAUCCACCCAAGACUGUGGAUAGUCGAGUGUUAAGUUGGAUAUGA